CGAUGGCGCAGCAGGAAAAUCAGCUCGACCAGGUUAAAUUCUCUUGUUCCAUCUGUUUGGAUCUUUUAAAGGAUCCGGUGACUAUUCCCUGUGGACACAGUUACUGUAUGAAGUGUAUUAAGGACUUCUGGGAUGAAGAGGAGAAGAAAAUCCCCAGCUGUCCUCUGUGUAGAGAGACUUUUACUCCGAGGCCGGUGCUGGUGAAAAGCACCAUGUUAGCUGAUUUAAUGGAGGACAUGAAGAAGACGGGACUCCAAGCUGCUCCUGCUGAUCACUGCUAUGCUGGACCUGAAGAUGUGGCCUGUGAUUUCUGCUCUGGGAGAAAACUGAAAGCUGUCAAGUCCUGUUUGGUCUGUCUGGCCUCUUACUGCCAGAAACACCUUCAACCUCACCAUGAUUCAUCUACAUUCAAGAAACACAAGCUGGUGGAUCCCUCCAAGAACCUGCAGGACAACAUCUGCCCCCGUCACGGUGAGGUGAUGAAGAUGUUCUGUCGUACUGAUCAGAAGUGUAUCUGCUAUCUCUGCUCUGUGGAUGAACAUAAAGGCCAUGACACAGUCUCAGCUGCAGCAGAAAGGACGGAGAGGCAGAGAGAGAUGGAGGUGAGUCGACAACAAAUCCAGCAGCAGAUCCAGGACAGAGAGAAAGAUGUGAAGCUGCUUCAGCAGGAGGUGGAGGCCAUCGAUCAGUCUGCUGAUAAAACAGUGGAGGACAGUGAGGAGAUCUUCACUGAGCUGAUCUCUCUCCUCCAGAAAAGAAGCUCUGAGGUGAAGCAGCAGAUCAGAUCCCAGCAGGAAACUGAAGUGAGGAGAGUCAGAGAGCUGGAGGAGAAGCUGCAGCAGGAGAUCAGUGACCUGAAGAGGAGAGACGCUGAGAUGAAGCAGCUCUCAGACACCGAGGACCACAACCAGUUCCUCCACAGCUGCCCCUCACUGUCACCACUCAGUGAGUCCACACACUCCUCCAGCAUCAGCAUCCGUCCUCUCACACACUCCUCCAGCAUCAGCAUCCGUCCUCUCACACACUCCUCCAGCAUCAGCAUCCGUCCUCUCACACACUCCUCCAGCAUCAGCAUCCGUCCUCUCAGGUACUUUCAGGAUGUGACAGCAGCUGUGUCAGAGGUCAGAGGUCGACUACAGGACAUCCUGAGAGACACGUGGACAAACGUCUCACUGGCCAUCACUGAGGUGGAUGUUUUACUGUCACAACCAGAACCAGAACCAACGAGCAGAGCUGGAUUCUUGAAGUAUUCAUGUGAAAUCACUCUGGAUCCAAACACAGUACACACACGGCUGUUACUGUCAGAGGAGAACAGAAAGGUAACUUGGAUGAACCAACGUCAGUCUUAUUCUAGUCAUCCAGACAGAUUCACUGAUCUUCAACAGGUCCUGAGUAGAGAGAGUCUGACUGGACGUCAUUACUGGGAGGUGGAGGCAACAGGUACAGUUGAUGUAGCAGUUUCAUACAAGAAUAUCAGCAGAUCAGGGGUGGGGUGGAAGGAAAGUGCAUUUGGAUAUAAUGACAAAUCUUGGUCACUACGUUGUUCCUCAGACAGUUAUGUAUUUUGGUACAACAACAUCCACACCUCCGUCUCAGGUCCUCAGAGCUCCAGAAUAGGAGUUUACCUGGAUCACAGAGCAGGAGUUCUGUCCUUCUACAGCGUCUCUGGAACCAUGACCCUCCUCCACAGAGUCCAGACCUCCUUCACUCAGCCGCUCCACGCUGGAGUCUGGGUUUGUGGCACUGUUGGAAACUCAGCUGAGUUCUGUAAACUCAAAUAGACUUAUUUACUCUUCAUGUUUUUAUUUCAGUUUUUCUUUAUUUUAUUUCCUUCUCAGAGACGAUCGUCUCAAACUCUGAUGGAUAG